AUCUGUCUGUGUAUAUAAAUUAGAAUAUACGUUGAUACCAUCACUGUUUCUUUACAUUAUUCUAUUAUUUACAUUAGAGAUGUUGCUCAUGGAGUAAAAUCUUAAGGUGGCACAGAAGUUUAUAAAACUGAUUUGAACUUAGAACUGAAAGGUUGGAUUUUUUACCUAAGAUUCAUUAGAAUCUAAAUAAUGCGAUUAAAAUUACAAAUAUAAAUGUUGGUUUUUACCACCUGGAAUAGUUAAUCAGAAUGACAAAAUGUACCGUUCUACCUUAACUUAUAUCACACGCUUCCCACUACUGCGUACUGCAGACCCAUGUGUUGCUCAGUAGCAUGUUUGCAACCUAGACUAGAGUGUGUUUGACGUAAGAUAAGUAUCAAGCAAGCGCUUGAAUCAAUGAAUUUUAACGAUGCAAAGAAUGAAAUUCUGCAGGUGUUGUCCAAGACGGAGAGACAACAUCUUCCAAAGCUGUUAGAAUGGUUGAAAACAUCCGAUGAUCUGGAUGAUUUCCUGGUGGAUAACCAAAGUGUUAUUCUUCAAAGUAUUGCAGAAGACUUAAGGGUUUGCCUGUCACUGGAGGCUAUGGUUCCCUCAGAGUCUGUGGCUAUUCAGAAGACUCAACAGAAACCUCAUCCCACUGUACAUGUGGAUGCAUUCUUAUAUGAUGAAGAAGCUGUGGAUUCAUUGUGUGAGGAGGGAAAAAUGAGUCGCAACUACUGCCUCAACUGUGGAUCGCACAGAACAGCACCGCUGGAGUUCAUCUCGCAUUCAUUCUCAAUCCCUGAGCUCCAGUUCCUAUUCCACAAUGUUCUUCCAGACCUCACAGGAAAACUGGUGGUGGAUGUGGGAUCUAGACUUGGAGCUGUGCUAUUUGGGGGCUACCUGUACAGUGCAGCAUCUCAGCUUGUGGGGGUUGAAAUAAGCUCAGAGUUUGUCAAGCUUCAAACAAUGGCUGUAGAGAAAUAUGGCUUCAGUGACAGAAUUCAGGUGAUUCAUGCAGAUAUCCGCUCUCAGGCUGCCUUAGUGCAAAAUACAGAUGUUCUGAUCAUGAACAACGUGUUUGAAUACUUCAUGGAACCGAGUGAUCAAAUGCAAGCUUGGCUAUUUAUUAGUCAGAAUUUCAGAAAGAAAGGUGCACUGUUAGUAACUGUACCCAGCAUUCAAGAGGCACUUGCUUUACUUCAGGACGCUGUUUUCCUAGAGACAUUAGUGCUCAGCCGAUGGAUAGAAGAAGUACCACUUGAUUACUCUGUUUAUCUAAAAAAUGACACAGAUCCAGAUUCUCUCAAGCAAAUCCAUCUUUAUAGAGUACUUUGACCCUCAGAAGAGACUCUUAUGAUACAGUGGAACCAAUAAAUACGAUUAGCCUCAGUGAGGCCUUUAACAGGACAAAUUAUGCAAAUAUAUUUGAUUAAACACAGUAUCCUCUUUCGAUGAACUUUCACUUGUCAAUUUUUAAAGUUGAGUUUGAUUGUAAACACAUUUAUACUUAAAAUUGUCCAUUUAUGUAACUAGCCAUACAUUUCAUAUAAUCUCUUUAUGUCAUGUUAUGUUUGCAUUGCUGUAUUAAGCAGUCCACAUGUGAGAGUACCCACUUCCUUAGUUUUUUUAUUUGUUCAAAUGCAUUUCUGUCUCCAACUCUUUCUGUUGAAACAGGAAGUAAGGGGGGAUCGCUGCAUGUGUUUUUUUUUCUCUUUUACAGGCAGAGGUAGUGCCUGGAGACAAUUUACGUUCCUUGAGGUUAUUUUGCCUUGGGUUAUAGCCAAACUCAUUCAAGUCACCGACUGAUGACUUUAGUUGAGAAGUUGAAUUUGUUUGUUAACCCAUUAUAGCUAUUAAAAUAUAAAAAAUAAUUUAUGAUAAUGUGGCACAACCUUUUGCUAAUUG